CCGGAAGUGGGCUGACUCAGGUGCGCUCCUGCCUCCAGGGCCUGAACCAAGUGACCGCUUUGCCAGGAGGGCGCCCUCACCAUAAGCGACCUGUGCAGCCACCUGCUGCUCUGGCCAAAGUUGAAAGGACCGAACUCCCUGAGGACAGAGACCCUCUGGGCGAAUUCCACCUGCCGAGAGGGGCCGGGACCUGUGCGCACCUGUUCGCUGCUGGUCCACACCCCUGUCCCCGGCGCUGAUGGACCCGCCUAGGUGCGCCUUGCGGGGAGGUGCCAGGCAGAGCCAGGUCCGGCUGGCAAGGGAAUGUUGGUGACGCCGCCUGCCUUCCCACUCUCGUCCUGGUGGGGGAGGUGCUGCGGUCUUUUUGGGCUCCCCAUUUGAAUGAUUCGAGGAAUCAAUGAGGUCGCACUAGAAGAGAUGCUCUGGCCCCCUAGGGGACGCUCAUGGGGACAGCGCCUUUUAAAAAGUUCCAGUCGUACUUCGGUAGUUUCCUUACUUCCCUCAUUUCCUCAACUUGUUCCUUUUCCACCUCCCCCUCGGGUAUCCCUCACUCUUGGUCAGGCUUCCGGAAGUUCUGAUGCUUAAAGGCCCUGAGCCAAGGUUGGAGACAAAUAGACCUGUUUCGGUUCAAAGGUUCCCAGGCCGUCACCUGCACUCCGGGCACCGCCAAGAAGUUCUCAUCCUUCUUAGCGCAGCACUGCUGCUCCCUGGUGGCGCAAGGGGAAACUCAUUCUGGGAAAUUAUGAACUGGCCAGUGCCUGGGCCGCUUUCAAAGGCAAAGGCAUCUCAGAAAAUUCUACCCUGUUCCCGAGUGGCUUAAAAUCACGGCUUAAGUCCAGGAAAUUGCCACCGCUGUCGUUUUUACUGCUUGUAACCCUGUACCAGUGAGUGGCAUGUGUUACUUUGUGUUCUGUAGAUGUCGUUAUUAUCAAUAUGUUACCGAUAUCCAAAACUUGGCCAUCAUCUCCAACAUAGGAAAGAAAGAAUGUGUUGGAUUAGAGCCCACCCUAAUCACCCCACUUCACUCAGCAUUUUGACCGUGUCUCCAAAGAUAAAGUCUUCCACAUAAAGCCCGAGAGUAGUCUCAGCCUAUAUCCCCAACCUCUCUCCCCCACUGCCCUCCUUCCAAAUCAUUUCCUGUCAUCUGAUAUUCUACUAAUCAGAUUUUCAUCACCUAGCUUAUCCCCUCCCAAAGACAACAUUGCUUAGCAAACAUUCCACCUCUCCGUUCCCUGGCCCUUCUGUAGUUAGGUGGGGCUAUCCCAUCAACUACAGUGAGUAGCAUAUAAGCAAGUGAAGAGGGUUCCCCCUCCCAGUUCAGAACAUUUAAUAGCCAGCAUGUGAAACAGGACCCCCCCCUCCCCCCUCCCCCUCCCCCCACUGCAAAUAGUCUUGUUUCAGAUGGCAUCUGUGGGACACUUGAGGGGGAGCACUCUCUACUACCCAGUGCUGGGCAUGAGUGUGAGAAAAGAACGGGGUUUUGAAGCUAAGAGUCCAGAAUGGGCUUCUUAGAUGAUGAAAUCUAGGCUGUCCCAGUCAGUACGUCCCAGCAAUACGGAGGGGCCCGAUUUGUUGAUGAUUGAAAAGUCUUUACUAACUCCAGGGGAGGAGGCCUUUGUCACUGCUUCCCACUGGACUUCACAAACAGUGGAGACCAGCACCUCUCCUUCCCCCUUCGGAUGGACGUGAAGCCCUUGUCCCAUUCCCACGUCAGGUACUUUCCUUCUCUGUGACAAAUAACUGGUGAGAAACAGGGGUGCUGUUUGUUUGUUUAAAUCUUUUUUGGGGGGCUCAUGGUUUCAAAGGUUUCUGGGCACGGCUGGCGGGCUGUGUCACUUGGGGCUUGCAUUGCAUGGUUUGAGAGGCACAGAACCAAGUCCACUGCUUGCUUCAUCGAGGCCAGGGCACAGAGAGGCAGGCAGGAAGAGGACAGGGACAAUGUAGACCUAAGGACACUGCCGUAGUAAUGCUAACUGGGUCCUACGUCCCACUGAUGGACCAGCAUGACUCCAUCUUAAGAGUAAGAGCCAUCUUGUUCCAAGGUCAUUCCUUAUUUCUAUAAAACUUGCAUCCGACACAUCUCCUGCACACGUCCUACACUUUAUACCCUGACCUCCACUCUGAGGAGAGGCUCUGCCAAAUGAUUUUGAAAUGUUCCUCUGAGGUCCUACAUAACCAAAAAACCUUAAAAAACCCUCUGGCCUUGAAGAUUUGGAGCUCACGGAAACUCCACCCCCUCCUGUGUUUGAUGCUAUUUUUCUCAAACUCCACUUUAGAGAGCCCAUCUGACAGAAAAUAAAACUUGCAUGAUUUGAUCAAAGAGUUUGGGUAGCGGUCUUUACUCUUGUUCAGUGAGAUCAACAUUAAGGUUUCUAGUGCCAGCAAAAUUAGCACCACCAUCUGGGACCCCAAAGUGUGAACUUUAGUGGAUGUCUGUACCAAAGCACACCAUUGUCUGAGUACCGGAUAUGUGGAGGGUGAAUAAUUCUAUCUAUUUCCUGGGGACAUGUAAGUUAUAUAGGUAACACACACAUAUGCACAUUUCAUUCCGUUUCUAUUUUAUAGUCAUUGGUUUGCCUGCAUAAAGGCCUGGGCAUCACGUGUGUAUCUGGUGCCCACAGAAGCAGAAGAGGGAUUGGAUUUACAGUUGUAAGCUGCCAUGUGGGUGCAAGGAGUCAGUCCCAGGUCUCCAGGAAAAGGAGCCAGUGUGCUCAACUGCUGAGCCAUCUCUCCAGCCCAAGUUGUUAUGUUUGAUGUAUAUGUCUGGAAACUCGCUGAACCCCGGUUCACAGGGCUGGUGGUGCCCAAGUUCUGUGGGUGACAUCACAGUGCCCAAGAAGGUUCUGAAGUUCCUUGUGUAGUUGAGUCAGCCAUGCUGGCCACUCUGUGGCUGGUUGGUCUUUCUCUUCCCAUGCUGUGGGCCCAGAAACUAAUCAACUGUCCCUAUAAGAAUGUGUGUCAGUACGCCCUGCUCUCAGGCAAUGACGUGAUCCUACAGUGUAACUACCCCAAAGCACUUUGGUAUUUUUCUUCAUCUUUAGAGGACAAACUGUCCCUGGUCAACUCCAUGCCUGAUGUGAAGGUACUGUCUGGGAGCGACCUGCAGUUGUCUAACCCUAAGCCUUCCCAGACAGGGCUCUACCGCUGCCUGGAUGAUCACAAGGCCCGUGUAGUAGAAUAUGAGAUUGACUUCCAGGACAUAGCACUGUUGCACAUCACACACAAAGACCUGGGCCAAAAGCCCAUGGGAAAUGAGAGCAUGAACCUGGGAGGCAAGGUACUGGUUUUUACCCGCUGGGAUCCUUGGCAACAUUGUAACCGUUGCCAAAAGCCCGGUGAGCGCAAACGUCUAGGAUACUGCUAUGUGGAGGAACCCCUAGAAAAGCCCAUGCCUUGCUGGCUCUACAUGAGAGAGGAGAAGGUGACGGAUAACCGCCUGCGGCCUGAACUCCAGAUACAAGCCUGCCAGGUGCCCUGUGAUACCGCCACAGAAACCAAGCAGCCGUACUUCGUCUUUGACCUAUAUCAGCUGGACAAGCCCAACAACCAUGCUCCACUCAAGUGUCCCUUGGCUUCCAUUUACAGGUAA